CGGGCCGGCUGGUCUGGGCGGAGCGCGGGACCGUCGUAGGGGAGGUGCCGCGGCGUCGCCUGGAUUCCCGGGUAGCUGGGGGGCCGGGGUCGGGCGGGACCGCGAGGGGACAUGGCCGAGCCGGCUCCGUUUCCCGUGGCAUUUGAUGAUGUGGCCUUAUACUUUCUGGAGCGAGAGUGGGAAAUCCUGGAGAAGUGGCAGAAGGACAUGUAUCAGCAGGAAAUGAAGACCAAUUAUGAGAGCCUUGAUUCCCUGGGCUGUAUUUCUUCAAAGCCAGAUUUGAUCACCUGGAUGGAACAAGGAAGAAUGCUGUUAAUCAGAGACCAGGGACACUUAGAGAAAACACAAAUGACACUUAGCCUUUCUGGUGACCAGGGAACUCUCGGGGCAAAAGAGGAGGAAUGCCAUUUAAAUGGUCUCCAAGAGCAGGGCUUCUGUGCUCCCUUAUCCAAGGAGGAAAGAAAGAUUUUAUCAGAUCAAAGAGCCGCCUUACAACACCCAAGUCUCCAAGAAACAGAGAUUCUAAAUAAUAAAAGCCUCGACAUCACAGCAUCUAAUCAGGACAAGAACGAUCCACGGCAUAAGCCAAUGGGAAGCCUAGAUCGCCUGGAAAUUCCACCAGGUCUGAGACUUUAUUCCUGCUUUGUCUGUAGGAAGGUCUUCCAGAUAAAGAGAGCCUUUGUGAAGCACAAAAGGAACCACCGCGAGAGCCAGUCCUGUCUCCCGAAGCACAAAAACAAGUCCAGGGGGAAGGCGGAGCUCACGUGACUCCGGGCGGUACCGUGUAAGCAGCCUUUCCGGCGCGGCGCGUGCGAGCAGAGCAGCUGUCUCAGGUGCAGCCUGGCCCUGCACCAGGUGGCUCGCCCGGGCCCGUGGCCCUUCCAGUGCCCCGAGUGUGGCAGGGCCUUCCGGUCCAAAGCCGCCCUGAACAAGCAUGUGUGUUCGCCCAGAGGGGAGAGGCCGUUUUCCUGCCGGGAGUGUGGCCGGGGGUUCACCCAGCAGGACGAGCCGGCCGAGCACCUGCGGGUGCACAGCGGAAGGACACCCUUCCAGGGUCCGCAGGGCGGCAGAGGCCCCUCGCGGGAGGCGGCCGCGAGGGCCCACCAGCGGGCACACCGCGGGGAGAAGCCAUUCUCCUGUGACGACUGUGAGCGGAAGUUCACCCACCGGAGCAAGCUCACCGAACACGUCCGAGUUCACACGGGGAAGAAGCCCUUCCGGUGUUCGGAGUGCCAGAGCAGCUUCCGCCUCAAGAGCAGCCUGCGGGCCCAUCUCUGUCGGCACAGCGGGAGGAAGCCCUUCCGGUGCCCAGAGUGCGGCCGCAGCUUCUGCUGGAGGAACGCCAUGGAGGCGCACAAGCGUCUGCACAGCCAGGAGAAGCCCUUCUCCUGCGGGCAGUGCGGCCGGGGGUUCACCCGGCCCUCAAAGCUCGCGCGCCACCGCCGCGUCCACGCCAGGCAGACGGCGUUCCCCUGCGAGCGGUGCGGGAGGGCCUUCCCGCGGCGCUGGGGGCUCACGCGGCACCUCCAGGUCCACACUGAGGAGAAGCCCUUCUCCUGCGCCCAGUGCGGCCGGGGCUUCCACCGCCGCGCGCACCUCGCCGAGCAUCGGCGACUCCACGGCGGGGCCGAGCCCUUCCGGUGCCCCGAGUGCAGGCGGAGCUUCUCCUGGAAGGCCUCCCUGAAUCUGCACCGGCGGCAGCACGCGGGCGAGCGGCCCUUCCCGUGCGGCGAGUGCGGCAAGGCCUACGCUCAGCUGUCCCAGCUCGCCGAGCACGCGACGGUCCACAGCGGGGAGAAGCCCUUCCGGUGCCCCGAGUGCGACAGGGGCUUCCGGCUCAGAGGGAACCUGAAGAGCCACCUGCUCCAGCACAGCGGCCAGAAGCCCUUCUCCUGUGCGACGUGUAGCCGAAGCUUCGCUCAGUGGUACAGGCUCACGGAGCACGUACGCGUCCACAGCGGCGAGAAGCCCUUCCGGUGCCCCGAGUGCGGCAAGAGCUGCUGCCUCCGGGGAAGCUUGAAGGCGCACCUGCACACGCACAGCGGCGAGAAGCCCUUCGGGUGUGCCGAGUGCGGCAAGAGCUUCCUCCAGAAGAGAAGUCUGGAGACCCAUCUGCACCGUCACCGCGGGGAGAGGCCUUUUUCUUGUGCUGAGUGUGGAAGGGGCUUCACCUACCUGGGGGCGCUUAACACCCACAUUGCCAUGCACGCCAGGGAGCAGCCCUUCAGUCUCGAGGUCACUCCACUCAGAAAGCAGUGACAGCUCUGCGUUGGGGCCAUUGGCUCUGUUGGCGCUGGCUGAGGCAGGACGAAAAAUUCAGCCAACAUGCUUCAGCCACACUGGCCAGCACGGAGCAGGCGGCCGUGAGGGCUCCUUGACGAAGGUUCCAGAUAAUCCAGGCACAGCGUCUGGAGACUGGAGGAAAGCAAGCUUUUUGUGGAAGGCGCUGGUCAUCCUGAUGUGAGAGUCAGGUUAGAGCUCCUCCUUUAGCCUUUUUCCCCUCUUUUUUGUAAUAAAGUUUCUUGUGACAGAAGUUCCUUACAUUAUGGGUGUUUUAGUCUGCUGGGGCUGCCAUAGGAAAAUGCCACAGACUGGGUGGCUUGAACCACAGAAAUUUAUUUUCUUACAGUUCUAGAGGCUGGAAGUCCAAUAUCAAGGUGCCAGCAAGGUUGGUGUCUGGUGAGGGCCUGUUUUCCUGGCUUGCAGAUGUCACUUUCCCCCUGUGUCCUCACGUGGCUUUUUUCUGGGUAGGGGUGGGGUAUCUCUGGUAGUUCUUCCUUUAAUACGGACACCAGUCCUAUUGGAUUAGUACCCCAACCCUGUGACCUCAUUUAACCGUAAUGAAUGAAUUUUGGAGAACCUGAUGGUAUAGCCCUAGACCUGAACAAAGUGAAUGAGGAGGCAGAGACUAGGAAUGAGGUGCUGGUGGAGCCUCCUCUAAAUGGAGAGAAAUGCCAAGAAUGGGGAAGAAGCAUGCCCCCCACCAAAUCCAACAGCCAGCUGUUCCUGUCCAUUCGCCUGUCUGGCUCUCCUGAGCCACACCUUGUGUAGCAAUUUUCUCUGUUCUCUGUGAGGUGAUGAUGACUUUUAAAUCUAUAAAUCCAUGUUCAUAUUUCCAGAUUCCUCCUGAUUGUUUCUGACUUCCACAGACAUCUCAAACACAGAUCGCCCAGAAUAAGACUCCUGAUCAGUACCAGCCCUCACUCUAUACCUCUUUUCUUUACACUCCCGUUUUUCUCACGUCAAAAUUACAACUAAUCUCCAGAGCUGUAAACUUGAUAAUGAUCCUAGAU